UUAUCUAAAUUAUCAUCACUAACCCUAACUCACCCAUGCCAUUCUCAUCUUCUCCAAGAGCGCCAUUAUCAUCUUCUUUUGCCACAGUCUUCUGCAUCUUGCCGCAGUCUCCUGAGGUCCCGUCGUCAUCGUCUUCUGCGGUAUUGGCGCCGUCUCCCGAGGUCUUGUCACCAUCUUCUUCUGUAGUCUCGUUGAGAUCUCGGUGCCGUCGCCUUUGUCGUUGAGAUCUCGGCGCCAUCUUCGUCAUCUUCAAGCAGAUCUCCAGAUCUCCAGAUCCACUUCAUUCUUCUUCAUCCGCUUCUUCCCCCACUGCUUGCGAUGCCAAUGCCUCUUCCUCUUCCUCUUCAUCUCCUGCUUCCAGCAAAGGAACCUAAAGAUGCAGAUAUAAUAUGGACAAGUGAGUAGGUAGAUGAAGAGAUGAAGAAAGCUACAGGAAUAACAGAUCAUCAAUACAUCAACCAAUUUCCAUUUGAGGCAUGUCUUGUAAUGAAACAUCAUUUUUCAGAGACAAUUCAGAAGGCACAUGGAUCUCCUCAAUGGCUGCAUCCUACUUAUAACCUUGAAACACAUCUGUCUCAACUUAUUGAUGACUAUCAUGCACGCAAAAGAAAAGGACUAGACAACCUUUGGAUCUUAAAACCUUUGCCAGAAGUAUAUUGAAGAACCCGCUUUGUUCCAGGGGAAAAAGUUUGAUCUCCGUUACAUCGUAUUGGUCCGAAGCAUGAAUCCUUUGGAGAUAUUCCUGUCAGAUUGUUUCUGGCUGCCAGCAAUGUCAUUUAUUGCAAUUGAUAUUUAUGCCAAGCUUGUCUUCUCAAUAUUGAAGGGAUCAAACAAGUCCUUUCUUCUUUCUAAGAUUCUUGCAGUGACUAUUCGGUUGAUUCUAAAAGAUGCAGAAGAGAAGAAGGCCUCUUUUAAUCCAAGACCGUAUUUCAGAUUGUUCAUUAAUUUGCUUCUAGAUCUUGGUUCACUUGAACCUGUUACUGAUGGUGCAAAUCUCCAGAUUUUGAUUGCUUUUGCCAAUACUUUUCAUGCUUUGCAGCCCCUCAAGGUUCCUGCUUUCAGUUAAAUGGUCAAAUAUACAUACUCGAGUAAGAAACAUGAUUCUAUCUGUAUUCGAGUCAGCUGCUGUUGUACAUCCAGAGAUGCAUAGUUCAAAAUCAAGGGCCAUUUAUGGUGUAGAUGUCAUGAUGGACAGAUAUUUCCAAGCAAAUAUACUUGAGGUUUGUAACUGAAAACUAUGGUAAAAUAAAAUUCCAAGGAGGCAAGGAGUUUCAUAUUUCAUAGUUCAUACGCUUCUUCUCAUAUUUUUUUUUUUUUUUUGCAUUUGAUUAUUCUGCUUCUUCUCAUUGAUAUAAAUACUGCCACUUUUUUAUUUCAUUUCUUAAUAUAUGUUAUUUUCUAUGUUUCAUUUAAAAUAUAUAAUAGCACACUACUUAUACAAGGCAAUAAGGCAUACUCUUCUUAUAUGUGGUCCUUGUACAAAGCAGAAAUUAAGCUAGAGAGCUUGAUAGAAGUAGCAGCGUGGGACUGAAAAUUUGCUUAGCUUGUUGACCAAACCACAUUAGCCUCCGUCACGUUCUUCAUUAUUUUCUUGGCUUGGAGUCAUAAUUAGGAGUAUAAUAUAUGUGCAUUUAUUUACUUUUUCUUUGUCAUGAAUAUAUAGAGGUGGAAAUUUGAGUAUAGUUAAUUUCAU